UCAAUUUUCCUCUUUAUUGGAAAAGUAUGUUGUUCCGGUGUGCUGGUGGAGAGAAGCUGGGCUAUGUGACGUUUUCUAUGUUCUCUUCCAUGUGGAGAAAAAUCUGUCAGACAUGCCAUGAUGAUGCUUCAAAGUUUGUAAGGUUAUUAGCAAAACCUGGAUGUAAAUAUUUGGUAGUAGAGGACUUUGUAUAUUUUGUUCAGGAUGUUGUUGACACUCACCCUGGAUUAAGUUUCCUUCAGGAGGCAAAAGAGUUCCAUUCAAGAUAUGUACACACGGUCAUCUCCAGAAUAUUCUUCUGUGUAAACAGAUCUUGGUCAGGGAAAAUCACACCAAAUGAACUGAGGCGAAGCCAUUUUUUACAGACUCUCUUAUUGCUGGAAGAAGAAGACGACAUCAAUCAAAUAACAGACUAUUUUUCCUACGAACAUUUCUAUGUGAUAUAUUGUAAAUUCUGGGAACUGGAUCAAGACCACGACCUCUACAUUGACAGAUCGGACCUGGCGCGCCACAACGACCACGCCAUGUCUUCUAGAAUAGUGGAUCGAAUAUUCUCGGGUGCUGUAACGAGAGGAGAGGCCCAGAAGGAGGGGAAAAUGAGUUACCCUGAAUUUGUCUGGUUUCUCAUUGCUGAAGAAGACAAGAAACAUCCAACUAGUAUAGAGUAUUGGUUCCGUUGUAUGGAUAUUGAUGGCGAUGGCGUCCUAUCGAUCUACGAGAUGGAGUAUUUCUACGAAGAACAGAUGCACAAAAUGGAGGCUCUCGGCAUUGAGAAAUUACAAUUUGAAGACUGCCUUUGCCAAAUGCUAGAUCUUGUCUGUCCAGAAGUGCCAGAGAAAAUAACCCUCCACGAUCUCAAAGCCUGCAAGAUGAGCGAUGUUUUCUUUGAUACGUUCUUCAAUUUGGACAAAUUCCUUGAUCACGAGCAACGAGAUCCUUUCACAAAUUUACGGGACCCAGAGACAGAUGGACCCGAAAUGUCAGACUGGGAGAAAUAUGCUGCUGAAGAAUACGAGAACCUCCUGGCUGAAGUCGGUGUUAAUGAAGACAUUAAUUACGAAGAUGACUUUGAGCCUGACGAUGAAGAUUCCAUCCAAGAAGAACUCGUUAGCCCUGGCAGUGAGUUCCUCCGACAGAGAUCUUCGAUGCCAAGAACGACGUCCAAUAUCUGUGACCCUUACUACUUCAGGAAUGGGGAUCUGCAUUUUUAGAACGACCCCCCAUGCUCCUCUUGUUCAAUCGUUUCUCUACCCACCCAUCCACCUACCAUCUACGCCACCUUCAUUACAACCACCACCACCUCCACACUAUUACCAUAGCCCUUACUACUACUUGUAUUUCUCUCACCAUCACCACCACCACUGCAGUAUUACCUCUACUACAACCACCACAACGGCUAUUACCACCACCACCAACACCACCGCUACUACUAGAACUAUCUAUGAACUAUCCCCAGCCCUACCCUACCCUUCCCUUCUUUAUGUUCUGAGUCCUUUUUUUUUUCUUUUAUUGAUUUUUGUUCUGAAAAGAAAAUGAAAAAUCUCGCCACCCCCCUCCCCCACUGCCAACGAAUGAUGAAAUGUUUUUUUUUUUGUUUUUUGUUUCUUUUUUUCUCCUUGGAAAUUUUCAAUUUCUCUUGCCGCUUGCUAUGACAUGACUGAUGGUCUGUCAUCGUAUUGUGGUAACCGUGGCGCCAACAAUCCCUCCAUGUUGCUAAAGAGAAAGAUAAACGGUCCGACCUCACCAUAUCCGUGAUAUUUUAGAAUUGCCAUGACAACUCCUCCUUCUUCUGUCAUCAUUUAACAGACUUGUCAUCACAUCUUAACAGAUUGUCCAUCAUCUCUUGACAGACUUGUCAUCACCAUUUAAGCCUGUCAUUGCCAUUCAGACUCUGGUAUUUAAAUUGUCAUCACUCCUUUACCGCCUUAUCACCUAGUUACUGGCCGUCAUCACUUCAUUAACAACCAUCACCAUUUCAUCACUGACCAGUGUCACCUCUUUACUGAUCGGCGGCGUCAACCCUUUACUGGCCGUCAUCACCCCUUUGCCAGCCACCAUUACCCGCCAUCACCACCCCUUUGCCAGCUGUCAUUACUUCUUUACUAAAUGUCAUCACAACUUUCUUGACCGUCACAUCUUUUUACUGUCCAUCACCACUUGCUUACCACCGUCAUCACUUCUCAGAGGACUCAGAACUUUGAAAAUUCUUGCUUUUCUUUUUCCCCAUUACUUGAAGAUCCCACGCUAAGGUGCAUGGAAUAAUGUCUAAUGCUGUCUGUGACAGUUUGGUAAAUUCUAUAUUGUGCUAUUUUGGCAACAUUACGUUUUUUUGUUUUUUUUUUUUGUUUUUUUGAAUGAAGUAACACAAAUUUGAUCCGAACCAGGAGAGACAGACAGACAGAGAGAGAGAGAGAGAGAGAGAGUGUGCAGUCUGAAUAUUUGUUAAUUGUUUUUUUUUCAGAAUGAAUCUUUAGAUAGGGUUCCUAGAAAUUCUGUUUGUUCUUUUGAAACAGAGCUUUAAGUCGUAUCUGUAGACGAUGACAUCUGUUUGUUGUCGAAACGCACUCUUUCACCAAAACGAAAAGUCUGUUGCUUCCUUUAUGGAGCUGAGCUUUAUGGAGCUGAGCUUUAUGGAGCUGAGCUUUAUGGAGCUAUUUAAUGUCUUAGAAAUAUUUCUGAAGAAUCUGCAUGUUACCAUUUUUGGAACUACGAGAUCAUUAAACACUAAAUCUGCUUUACACAAUCAA